AUCGGCUCACACAUCUGCCGUCCUGUGGAAAGAAGAGCGGGCUGCGGCCCGGACAAACAGCGCCAUGCUUUUCGGUGCAGAUUCUAUGGACAUGAAGUCUGGACCCGGGCGGCGCGUAGUCCAGGCGGGUACACUGAGCAUGACACAAGGCGGCAACGGGCUCGGCGCUCUGGGCAUGGCCGGCCUUCUACCGGGUCCCGAGUGUGCGGGCUGCCAGAAGCCCAUUCGCGAACGGUUCCUGCUCAAGGCGCUGGACCAGCUGUGGCACGAGGACUGCCUCAAGUGUGCCUGCUGUGACUGCCGCCUCGGAGAGGUCGGCUCCACCCUCUUCACCAAGGCCAACCUCAUACUCUGCAAGAGGGACUACCUCAGGCUUUUCGGCACUACUGGUCUCUGCUCUGCGUGCAAAAAAACCAUACCGGCCUUCGAAAUGGUCAUGAGGGCACGUACCAACGUCUACCAUCUGGAGUGCUUCGCCUGCCAGCACUGCAAUCACAGGUUUUGCGUGGGUGAUCGCUUCUACCUGUUAGAAAACAGGAUCUUGUGCGAGUACGAUUACGAGGAGCGGCUGUCCUUCCAGAACGUGCCGUUCCCUGGCCACAACCCCAGCAACCAACAGCAGCAGCAACAGCAGCAACAAAACGCCAGCAAUGCGUCAACGCCCGGUGCAGGUGGUGGUGGAGGCAACGGUAGCAUCAGCAACCACCAGUCGAGCAACGCGGGUAGCAAUAGCAACAGCGGCCCAGCUACAGGCGCGACGUCGACGAAUAACGCCGGUGGUCACCCGCCCAUCGGUACACCUCCCGGCAGCGCCGGUGCUCCCACUGCCAACAACGGCAACAGCAAUAGCCUCCAGCGGCUCAAGCGGCACACGUUAGAUAGCCUUCCGGUGCAGGACGACGCGUCCAGUGGAUACGGUAGCCCCGACUCCAUGAUGAGUGACGGCAAGUGACCCAGGGACAAAGGCGGCCGCGGUCGGCACCACGCCGGGCCCGCCGCCCUCGCCUGCAAGCAAGACUUGAGCUAAUGCGCCUUCCUGGCCUGGACUUUAUGCAGAGGCCACGCGUGCGCCUGCUUGCCUCUUGUGUCACCGUAGAUAGUAGGUCCGGGCGAAGUGCGGUUUCAUGGUGCGCGAAUAGACGUUGGGACAAUGAAGCGCCAGGCUGACCAUCUGGUUGACUCGAACAAAACCGUCGUUCCAUUCUGACAAGCAAGUAUGCGAAGAUCUGUGCGGCAACCGAAGCAAAAAAGAAAACGGUGUCAUUGCCAGAGGGCCGAAAAGAAUGUAUUACUGUGUGACAUUGGGUCGAACGCGUGAACUAACUCAUGACAGGGCUGAAGUGUGCGUGAGUGUGAGCGCUUGUGUAUAGGCUAAUCGACUAGGAGUUACGUGGGGUGCGCGUGUGGAACGCGUGUGACGUACACUUUCCCGUGCGAGAGAGUUCCUGCUGUUUUCUGUCGUAAUCUCGGCAAGGGUCCACCCAGCAACAGCGAUACUGGUGCCGGACCAAAACCGUCUCAGCGACAUCGGGGCGUCAUCAUCGCGUUUCCUCAACUUAAGCUUGCCAGAAGUGCGGGCGAAACCAAGUCAAGGACUGGUGGAAUCCGACUGAAUAGAGAAUUAGUGCUUCUUCUCCACCGUGGGACGUGAGGUCGGCUACUACUCCUCCAACGUGAAUGGUGUUACCCGCUAGUCUCCCCUUCCUCCUCCCCCGGCGAAAAAGAAGAACGCCAGCGGCCUCGAGUGAGGCUCUGGGCGCCCGCAAGUUCCUCAGCUGUUCUGGUCUUCGUGUCGAUACCCAGCUCCUUUUGCGGACCUGUGUAAAUAGAGCCACGCCCUACCCCACUCUACUGUAAAGUGCGCUGCACCCGCUGCUGUGUGAUGUGUAAAUAUGCCUACCCGCGCCCAGUCACGGAACGGCACGGCCGCCUAUUGGAACCAUUAAAAAAAUGUGUACAGUCAUUACUCCGACA